AGAAGCUGGACUGCAGCUGGUUUCAGGAACUUCUCUUGACGAGAAGAGAGACCAAGGAGGCCAAGCAGGGGCUGGGCCAGAGGUGCCAACAUGGGGAAACUGAGGCUCGGCUCGGAAAGGUGAAGUAACUUGUCCAAGAUCACAAAGCUGGUGAACAUCAAGUUGGUGCUAUGGCAAGGCUGGGAACCUGCAGCCUGACUUGGGCUGCCCUGAUCAUCCUGCUGCUCCCCGGAAGUCUGGAGGAGUGCGGGCACAUCAGUGUCUCAGCCCCCAUCGUCCACCUGGGGGAUCCCAUCACAGCCUCCUGCAUCAUCAAGCAGAACUGCAGCCAUCUGGACCCGGAGCCACAGAUUCUGUGGAGACUGGGAGCAGAGCUUCAGCCCGGGGGCAGGCAGCAGCGUCUGUCUGAUGGGACCCAGGAAUCUAUCAUCACCCUGCCCCACCUCAACCACACUCAGGCCUUUCUCUCCUGCUGCCUGAACUGGGGCAACAGCCUGCAGAUCCUGGACCAGGUUGAGCUGCGCGCAGGCUACCCUCCAGCCAUACCCCACAACCUCUCCUGCCUCAUGAACCUCACAACCAGCAGCCUCAUCUGCCAGUGGGAGCCAGGACCUGAGACCCACCUACCCACCAGCUUCACUCUGAAGAGCUUCAAGAGCCGGGGCAACUGUCAGACCCAAGGGGACUCCAUCCUGGACUGCGUGCCCAAGGACGGGCAGAGCCACUGCUCCAUCCCACGCAGACACCUGCUGUUGUACCAGAAUAUGGGCAUCUGGGUGCAGGCGGAGAACGCGCUGGGGACCAGCAUGUCCCCACAACUGUGCCUUGAUCCCAUGGACGUUGUGAAACUGGAGCCCCCCAUGCUGCGGACCAUGGACCCCAGCCCUGAAGCAGCCCCUCCCCAGGCAGGCUGCCUACAGCUGUGCUGGGAGCCAUGGCAGCCAGGCCUGCACAUAAAUCAGAAGUGUGAGCUGCGCCACAAGCCGCAGCGUGCAGAAGCCAACUGGGCACUGGUGGGCCCCCUCCCCUUGGAGGCCCUUCAAUAUGAGCUCUGCGGGCUCCUCCCAGCCACGGCCUACACCCUGCAGAUACGCUGCAUCCGCUGGCCCCUGCCUGGCCACUGGAGCGACUGGAGCCCCAGCCUGGAGCUGAGAACUACCGAAUGGGCCCCCACUGUCAGACUGGACACAUGGUGGCGGCAGAGGCAGCUGGACCCCAGGACAGUGCAGCUGUUCUGGAAGCCAGUGCCCCUGGAGGAAGACAGCGGACGGAUCCAAGGUUAUGUGGUUUCUUGGAGACCCUCAGGCCAGGCUGGGGCCAUCCUGCCCCUCUGCAACACCACAGAGCUCAGCUGCACCUUCCACCUGCCUUCAGAAGCCCAGGAGGUGGCCCUUGUGGCCUAUAACUCAGCCGGGACCUCUCGUCCCACCCCGGUGGUCUUCUCAGAAAGCAGAGGCCCAGCCCUGACAAGACUCCAUGCCAUGGCCCGAGACCCUCACAGCCUCUGGGUAGGCUGGGAGCCCCCCAGUCCAUGGCCUCAGGGCUAUGUGAUUGAGUGGGGCCUGGGCCCCCCCAGUGCGAGCAAUAGCAACAAGACCUGGAGGAUGGAACAGAAUGGGAGAGCCACGGGGUUUCUGCUGAAGGAGAACAUCAGGCCCUUUCAGCUCUAUGAGAUCACCGUGACUCCCUUGUACCAGGACACCAUGGGACCCUCCCAGCAUGUCUAUGCCUACUCCCAAGAAAUGGCUCCCUCCCAUGCCCCAGAGCUGCAUCUAAAGCACAUUGGCAAGACCUGGGCACAGCUGGAGUGGGUGCCUGAGCCCCCUGAGCUGGGGAAGAGCCCCCUUACCCACUACACCAUCUUCUGUACCAACGCUCAGAACCAGUCCUUCUCCGCCAUCCUGAAUGCCUCCUCCCGUGGCUUUGUCCUCCAUGGCCUGGAGCCCGCCAGUCUGUAUCACAUCCACCUCAUGGCUGCCAGCCAGGCUGGGGCCACCAACAGUACAGUCCUCACCCUGAUGACCUUGACCCCAGAGGGGUCGGAGCUACACAUCAUCCUGGGCCUGUUCGGCCUCCUGCUGUUGCUCACCUGCCUCUGUGGAACUGCCUGGCUCUGCUGCAGCCCCAACAGGAAGAAUCCCCUCUGGCCAAGUGUCCCAGACCCAGCUCACAGCAGCCUGGGCUCCUGGGUGCCCACAGUCAUGGAGGAGGAUGCCUUCCAGCUGCCCGGCCUUGGCACGCCACCCAUCACCAAGCUCACAGUGCUGGAGGAGGAUGAGAAGAAGCCGGUGCCCUGGGAGUCCCAUAACAGCUCAGAGACCUGUGGCCUCCCUACUCUGGUCCAGACCUAUGUGCUCCAGGGGGACCCAAGAGCAGCUUCCACCCAGCCCCAAUCCCAGUCUGGCACCAGCGAUCAGGUCCUUUAUGGGCAGCUGCUGGGCAGCCCCACAAGCCCAGGGCCAGGGCACUAUCUCCGCUGUGACUCCACUCAGCCUCUCUUGGCGGGCCUCACCCCCAGCCCCAAGUCCUAUGAGAACCUCUGGUUCCAGGCCAGCCCCUUGGGGACCCUGGUAACCCCAGCCCCAAGCCAGGAGGACGACUGUGUCUUUGGGCCACUGCUCAACUUCCCCCUCCUGCAGGGGAUCCGGGUCCAUGGGAUGGAGGCGCUGGGGAGCUUCUAGGGCUUCCUGAGGUUCCCUUCUUGGGCCUGCCUCUUAAAGGCCUGAGCUAACUGGAGAAGAGGGGAGGGUCCAUAAGCCCAUGACUAAAAACUACCCCAGCCCAGAC